GCCACCUUAUCCGUAGCACUAUGUGUUUCUGUGUGAGAGAAGCCGACUCUUGUUUACAGCAGCGAUUCAACGGAGCAGCGGAGACCCACAGCCUGCUUUAACCGAGGGCGAACUGCAGGAUUUCAGCCUCUGGAUACAACGCGCAACGGGAGUUACGUUUUUUUUCGCUUUCUCUCCUGUGCGCGGAUAAAUGGCAAAACGAGAAAACACUCUCAAAGGGCAACUCCUUGGACAUAUUCUCCCUCCCACCCCAGCCGAGGUCGUCUAGCUGGAGAGCUGGAGACCCAUUCUCUUGCGUGGCACAAGUCUGGUAUUUUCUUUCAGCUGCAAAUCCCGACUGACGGCAGAGAUAAGUCCUAGCCGAGGAGCUGGAAAUUGGUUAAAAAAAACGAGACGACUUCUCGUUGCGAGGCACGGCUGCUUGGUGGGGAUCGAGAGCCUGUGCUGGCUGAAUGGCAUAGGCAAAAAAAAGGUUUUUCAUUCAUUUUUCAACCUCGCAGCCACCACCCCUGUGGAUCUGGACGUGUUUUCUGCCCCCACCCCACCUUCUCCUCCUCGUACACAGUCAUUCACACACGGGGGAUUGUUGUGAGCGACACUGGUGUUAAUUUAUUACCGUGGUAAAAGCUCCCAGUAAUAACAUUUAGCCUCAUAUAUAUUCUUUUUUGUGUUGCUGAUUUUAACCAGGCCUGAUCGCACUGUGCGCGCACUGCCGUUUUCCAAGAGAUGGAGAAUGAAGAUGGGGAUUACCAUCAUUUAUCCAGUAAAAUCACUGGCUUGUGUGCCAUACCAGCCAACGUCCAAGUACCCUGUGACUGGCAAAAAUAGCAGACUGUUUUAAGAAUAUCUCCCCCCAAAGGAAUUCCCUCUUCUCAUCAUUUUUACACCUUUUUAUUCAUAUUUUUUCAAAGGAGCAAACGCAGGCACAGGAUCGACCACGCAUUUGCAGGCUGCCUAGUGGUAGCCUUGUGGGCUACAGACACAUUUAUUAUCAUUUUUAAAAACUUUUCUUCACGUGAAGGCUGUCUCUUCUUCACCUACGGAGCUGAUGUGUACAAGCUGAUAAUUUUUAUUUUGUCACUGCUUUUUUUUUUUUUUAAUUGUUUGGAGGUGAAAAUUAUGUUCAGGAACGUGAGAUCAGAAAUACCGAUGGGUAGCCCGACCUUGAUUUGGGGUUUGAUGCUGACUGUCUCCACUAUCUGCAUAUGGUCCACAUAUGGAGAGAUCUGUGGUCCGAGCUUCGACAUCCGAAAUGACAUCAGUGAAUUCAAGCGGCUUGAAAACUGCACGGUGGUGGAGGGCUACCUGCAGAUCCUGCUCAUCACCGACAAGACCAACAACAUCCAUCAGGAGGUCUUCCGCUCCCUCAGCUUCCCGAAGCUGAUGGUCAUCACCGACUACCUGCUGCUGUUUCGUGUUUCAGGCCUGGAUAGCCUCAGCAUGCUCUUCCCCAACCUGAGCGUCAUCCGCGGGCGCAACCUCUUCUACAACUACGCCCUGGUGAUCUACGAGAUGACCAGCCUGAAGGACAUUGGCCUGUACAACCUGAGGAACAUCACCCGAGGGGCCAUGCGGAUCGAGAAGAACCCCGAGCUCUGCUACCUGGACUCGGUGGACUGGUCUCUUAUUAUGGAUGCUGGGUUCAACAACGUUAUCAGUGGGAACAAGAAGGCGAAGGAGUGCGACAAUGUCUGCCCCGGCAUCAUGGAGGAUAACCCUAUUUGUCAGAGGACGUCCUUCAAUGACAACAACGACUAUCGCUGCUGGACCUCCAACCAGUGCCAGAAAGUAUGCCCACCACACUGCAAACUUGCCUGCACAGACAAGGGAGAGUGUUGCCACAGCCAGUGUCUCGGUGGCUGCACCGAACCCCACAACGACAUGGCCUGCUCCGCCUGCCUCCACUACUACCACGAGGGUCGCUGCGUGCCGGACUGUCCUCCCGACACUUACAAGUUUGAAGGUUGGCGCUGCAUCACCAUGGACCUGUGCUCUCAAGUGCACCUGCCCAGCGACACUCACUUCGUCAUCCACGGCGGAGAAUGUAUGCCCGACUGUCCCUCCGGCUUCACACGCAAUGAGACCAAUCGAAUGCUGUGCAGUGCUUGCAAUGGCCUUUGUGAUAAGGUCUGCUCGUCCCCUGUCAUCGACUCUGUGGAUGCCGCUCAGUCCCUGAGGGACUGCACUGUCAUUGAAGGCAAUCUGGACAUCAACAUUCGCCGUGGAAAUAAUAUAGCUUCUGAGCUGGAGAGCUUCAUGGGAUUGAUCCAGACAGUGACGGGCUAUGUGAAGAUUCGACACUCCCACGCACUUGGCUCGCUGUCCUUCCUCAAGAGCCUGCGUUACAUCAAUGGGCAGGAACUCAUCGACAACAUGUAUUCGUUCUCUGCCAUCAACAACCAGCAUCUGCAGUCCUUAUGGGAUUGGAGUCAACACAACCUGACCAUUCGGGCCGGGCGUCUCUUCUUCCGUAGAAACCCUAAACUCUGCAUGUCCGAGAUCCACACGAUGUGGGAGAAGACGGGCAUCACUGUGAAGCCAGAGGAGGGCGAUUUCCGUAACAACGGUGAAAGAGCCAGCUGUGAAAGUCAUAUCUUGAAGUUCAAAUCUAACGUCACGUCAAGUCAUACUAUCAGGAUAUCAUGGGAACGCUACCAGCCGCCAGACUACGGACACCUUAUCAGCUUCAUUGUCUACUACAAGGAGUCCCCUUUCCAGAACAUCACUGAGUUUGAUGGGCAGGAUGGCUGCGGCUCAGACAGCUGGCACAUGGUGGAUGUUGAUCUUCCUCAAGAGAAAAAUACUUAUCCAAAAGUCAGUCUUCAGCAGCUGAAGCCCUGGACCCAAUAUGCUAUUUUUGUGAAGGCUAUUACCUUACAGGUGGAGGACAAGCACAUUACUGGUGCAAAGAGUGAUAUUAUUUACAUUCGCACACGUCCGUCAUUGCCGUCUGUGCCGAAAGAUGCCCGUGCGUUUGCCAACUCCUCAACCAAACUGGUGGUGAAGUGGUCGCCUCCGGUCUUUCCCAACGGCAACCUGACCUACUACCUGGUCCGCUGGCAGCAGCAGCCCGAGGACAGGGAGCUCUACCAACACAACUACUGCUCCAAAGAGCUGAAGAUCCCGAUCCGGAUCCCGGCGUCAGGACUCUCAGACAUGGAAGACAGCACCAAGCCCACCAAGUCAGACCUGGCAGGUGCAGAGAAAGGUCCAUGCUGUGCUUGCCAGAAAACGCCCGAGGAGAAGGACCGGGAGAAGGAUGAACGCAUCUUCUUUAAAGUUUUUGAGAACUUCCUCCACAAUGCCAUCUUUCUGCCAAGACCUCCGGACCGUCGACGCAGAGAUGUUUUUAGUGUUGCGAACAACACCCUGUUUCCUGACGGUGGCAGAGGGAAUACCAGCCUUGGCCCAGGGGAUAACAGCACAGAUGGCGUUCCUCCUGUCAGAGAGUACCCCUUCUUGGAGGACAAGAGCCCAGCAGAAUUUUUAGAGAUCGGCAAUCUGCGGCCCUUCACCGUCUACCGUAUCGACAUUCACGCCUGCAAUGAGGAGGUGGGGCACUGCAGUGCUGGAGCCUUCGUCUUCUCCAGAACCAAACCUGCAGUCAAAGCAGAUGACAUCCCUGGAAAAGUGAUCUCUGAGAGGAGUGACAAGAUUCAAGGGUGUGUGGUGCUGCACUGGCCGGAACCCGUCAUGCCCAACGGACUCAUCCUGAUGUAUGAGAUCAAGUAUCGUUUGGGGAAUGAGCCUGAGAAGCACGGGUGUGUGUCUCGACAUCAGUACCGUGAGUACAAAGGAGCUCGGCUGACCAACCUGGGCUCUGGGAACUACUCUGCUCGUGUUCGUGCCACUUCUCUAGCGGGAAACGGCUCCUGGACAGACAGUGUGUUCUUCUACGUGCCGCCACCUAACCGAGAUGAUGGUGUUACAUUCUACCUGGUCAUCAUAAUUCCCAUCAUCGUGAUACUUUUCGUCGCCAGCCUCACCACCAUUCUCUUCUUUGUGAACAAGAAAAGGAAUAGCGACAGACUGGGGAAUGGAGUCCUUUAUGCAUCUGUCAAUCCGGAGUACAUCAGUGCUGCUGAGAUGUACGUCCCAGAUGAGUGGGAGGUGGCCAGGGAGAAGAUCACUAUGCACAGGGAGCUGGGCCAGGGCUCCUUCGGCAUGGUGUACGAAGGCAUCGCAAAGGGAGUGGUCAAGGAUGAACCUGAGACACGAGUGGCCAUCAAGACGGUCAACGAGUCGGCCAGCAUGAGGGAGCGGAUUGAGUUUUUGAAUGAGGCUUCGGUCAUGAAGGAGUUCAACUGUCACCAUGUGGUGCGGCUGCUGGGCGUGGUCUCUCAGGGACAGCCAACCUUGGUGAUUAUGGAGCUGAUGACCCGCGGAGAUCUUAAGAGCCACCUGCGCUCUCUGCGCAAAGAAAACUCCACCACCCAAGUCCUACCCCCACUCAAAAAGAUGAUCCAGAUGGCAGGGGAGAUCGCCGAUGGUAUGGCGUACCUGAAUGCCAACAAAUUUGUGCACAGAGAUCUGGCUGCCAGGAACUGCAUGGUAGCGGAGGACUUCACUGUGAAGAUUGGAGAUUUUGGCAUGACCAGAGAUAUUUAUGAGACGGAUUACUACCGAAAAGGAGGGAAGGGCCUGCUGCCUGUCCGCUGGAUGUCUCCUGAGUCACUGAAAGAUGGCGUGUUCACUACAAUGUCUGAUGUCUGGUCAUUUGGUGUCGUGUUGUGGGAGAUCGCCACCUUAGCAGAACAGCCUUACCAGGGCAUGUCCAACGAACAAGUGCUGCGCUUUGUCAUGGAGGGAGGACUCUUGGACAAACCUGACAACUGCCCUGACAUGCUGUUCGAGCUGAUGAGGAUGUGCUGGCAGUAUAACCCCAAAAUGCGUCCGUCCUUCCUGGAGAUCAUCAGCAGCAUCAAAGACGAACUGGAUCCUCCCUUCAGGGAAAUGAGCUUCUUCUACAGCGAGGAGAACAAGCCGCCGGACACCGAGGAGCUGGACAUGGAGGUAGAAAACAUGGAGAACAUUCCACUGGACCCUGCAUCAACAAGGCAGCCGUCUGCUGCCGUCGUCGUUUCUUCGUCUGGGUGCACAGGAGGAACGCCGCCUCCUUCUACCCAGCAGUUAUCCCCAAUGCAAGGUCCGAGUACUCCAUUACUGGGACCCGUGUCACACUCCCCGCCGGGCCCAGUAGCCUCAGCCAUGGGGUCUCCAGGACAAGUCUUGGACAAGCACUCAGGACAUGUUUCGGCCAACGGGCCUGUGGUGGUGCUACGGCCCAACUUUGACGAGAUACAACCCUAUGCACACAUGAACGGGGGCAGAAAGAACGAACGGGCGUUACCACUGCCCCAGUCGUCGGCCUGCUGAUAUCAGACCAGCCCCUCCUCUUCCUCUUACACAGGGUAACACAAACCUCUCCUCUAUCUCCUACGGAGGGAUAGAUGAGGUAAGGAAUUACUUUCUUCUACUGUGUGCCAGUAGACGGUCUCUCCACUCCUUUAAGGUCAAAUGCAAACUCUAAAAAAACUGAAAAAGAGCACAGAAACCUGCUAAAGCAUUUGGAGUUUGGUGGCUCAGACUCAACACUGGGGAACUCCUUCCUGCGCAGCCUGUAUUUCAGUCUUUGUUACAUACACGUCCUUCAAGAAGGAAUACAAUACAGGCAUGUAUCCUGACUUACAGAUUUACACAUGAACUUCAAGAAAAUCUUUGUUUUUAGCAUAUCUGCCAGCAAAACCAACAGAAGAGCACUUUUUCCUGAUGAUUUCAGAGAGGAUGUGAUGGAUAUUUGAGUGUGUAUUUAUACAAACACAUGAUUCUCUCCAUAAUAUGGUAUAGCUUCAUUUCUAAAAUUACUUUCUUUCCAUGAGCAGACUUGCUCAUGUUGUGUGAGGAUGCCUCAAUUAGAAAGUUUGGACUAAGAUCAUUAUUUCAUUUUACUUCUAAUUUUUCUACCGGAUUCCAUCAGGAAUGGGUCAAAGUGGUAGAGGAGGGCCUGUUUUGUAUCUGCCAAAAUUUUGCCAAAUCAAGCUUUUUCUUCAGUUUCAUACAGGUGUCCCUUCUUAAAGGAGGCUGUGAUUCAGAGCUUAGAUAAGUCUGUCCGGCAAUGACACCCAAACUGUUUGGUGGUUUCCAGACUGCAUCCAUCUGUAGUACUAGCUGCUCCUAGAGCAGCUGUGAGUGUUGGAGGAGUUAUAAACAAGGCCGAACACAGUGACUGCAGAUGUGCUGCCUUCACAUCUGCAGUUUUAUAUGCAGCGUCUGCCACGGAGGUUGAAUAAAUCUAGCAAACCUUAAAGUAAACCAACACAAGACUUCUUUUAAGUGGAUUCUGUACAGAGAAGCCAGCUUUAAAGCAGGGCUGGCUACAUUUUAUUCAGGUUUUGAAAUGUGAUCAAAGGUCAAUAUUUUUUCAAUUAACUGACACAAUAGCAGUUGAAUUCUGAAUAAGUUUAUAAUAACCAGCAUGUGUGGAAUAAUAAGUAACCAUUAGACAGAAGACACACUAAAGAAAUGACAAGACUUUUUAAAUCUAUAUCUUUUUCACAGGGCUGCACAGUGGGCUAGUGGUUAGCACUUUCGCCUUGCAGCAAGAAGAUCCCCGGUUCAAAUCCUUGGGUGGGCCUGGGAUCUUUCUGCAUGGAGUUUGCAUGUUCUUCCUGUGCAUGUGUGGGUUUUCUUCGGGCACUCCGGCUUCCUCCCACAGUCCAAAAAUAUGCUGAGGUGAAUUGAUUAUUCUAAAUUGUCCGUAGGUGUGAAUGUGAGUGUGAUUGUUUGUCUGUAUAUGUAGCCCUGAGACAGACUGGCGACCUGUCCAGGGUUUCCCCUGCCUUCGCCCGAGUCAGCUGGGAUACGCUCCAGCACCCCCGCGACCCUAGUGAGGAUGAAGCGGUGUAUAGAGAAUGGAUGGAUGGAUCACAUGGCAUUGCAUUUCUUUAAUAAUUGGUUAUGUCUUUAAAACUACCCCGAUUUCUCUGGUUUAAGCUCAGAUCUGAGGAUUUGCUGGACAAAACUAGGAAUUUAAAAAUGCCACUUUGGGCAUUCUUCACUAUUUUGUGACCACUUGCAUACUAAACAACAAUAAAAAAAGGUAAUUAAAUAAAAAUGACAACAGUCAAUUACUGCAGCCCUGUUGCUGGAGACGUCAUCUCAAACUAACAAGUUUCACCAAACAACAUCUUCUCAGAUCUGGACAUGAAAAAACUUGCCCUUUCAUCACCAUCUUUCAGACAUCUGAGGGAAGAACACAUGUUAAUCGAGUCAGCAAACUCUGAAUCACAGCCUCACUGUCUUUGUUUUAGUUGAAAUAAAUAGUAAAACAAAAAAAAUCAAAGCAUCAGAAGUCUCACACUGCAAAUCACUGAACUUCAUAGUCUAGGGUUACGACUCUGCCUCCACUUCGAUUUCUUCAGACCUUUCUCUGACAUCUUUUCGUGUGUAUUUCACGUGGGAGGUGAACACGGUUCGCCGAUAAUGCUGUUUAAAUUAAAUGCCACCAAAUACUCCACAACAAACCUGAGACGUAAAAGCGAGAAGCUGUUGGAUCAGAUUUUCGUAGCCCAGUGACAACUUUGAAGUCACGGGAGGUCUCUUUUAGAAUAGUCCUUCGUUUCUCUACAUUUCAAACACAUAUAAAGGUCUUACAGUUGUAUUUUUGACUGCAGGAUCGUUUUUAUACACAUCAUUGGUUUUGUCACUUUUUUAAACCUUUUUACGGUUCAAAAUGUUUGCCUCUAUGUCUGUACAGAACAAAGCUGCUAUUUUAUUCUUUUUCUCUUUUGGAUGUUAUAUAUAUAUAAAGAAAUCCUUCAGGUUUGGUAUUUUACGGUCUCCACUACAGUCCAUUUCUAAUCUCCUCCAACUCUGUUUAAGAAGUAAAACAACAAAAACUUACCCCAAAAGGUUUUCUGUAACACUACAUUUUGUUCAUUGCCUUUUAUUUUUAUGAAAUGUUUCCUUCUUUAUGUGUUUUGUGGAUGUCUAUAUUAUUAUUAUUAUUAUUAUUAUUAUUAAUAUUAUUAUUAUUAUUUGGAUUGGACACCUUAGCUCGAUGUGUGAGCGUGUACUUUCUGCACCCUUUUUGUACUUGUUGUCUAGCACUGCGCCUAGCAUUGCCCUCUAGGUGCGACUCAAUCUCAGGUCAAAGUAAAGGCUUUGCUUUCUCCACACAUUCUCAUAAUCAUCCUGUACUUGUCUCACCGUGUACCCCUUCUUUUCCCGCCCCCAUCACAUUUUGUCAAGUCGAAUAGUGCCCUCUCUGCUUCCUCUCUGGUCCCCUACUGACCUUAACAGCAGACUGCUUCCCCUGGUGCCUCCUUUCAAAGUCAGGAUUAGUUCCAGAAUACAAGAUAUUUAACUUUAAACCAGAUCUGGUAUUUUAACCCAUCCAUUUUCUUGCCUGUUCUUAAAUAAAUAGGGCUAAUUGGGUCGUCUUGUUUGCCUUAAUUAUGCCAGCCAUCUUUUAACCAUUAAAAAUCUUUUUUUUGUUUUGUUUACCCCCCCCCCCCCCCCCAACACUCUCAAGCACAAUUCAAUGCCACUUCUGCUAAUGUCACUUCUUUAAACACCGUAAUGUUUGUCUUCACAAUCACUGCUUCAGAAAAACCAAAUAAAGGAUGGGUUAAAGUCCAGGGAAGGGAACACAUUUCAAUGUCGUGAAUGGAAAAGGUCUUAAAAAUGGCUGAAUAGUGAAAGUGUUUUGAAGGAUUUCUCCUCAUGUUACCUGGUGAUUUAUUUUUUUCUUUGAAGUUUUUUUCUUCUUCUUCUCCUGUAGGAGUGUUAUUUAUUUAUUUUUUUUAUUUUCCUUUUGUGAUAUCAGUUUAAAUCCCUGUAUAAAUGCCCCAUGAUUCAGUAUAAAGUUGGACUUUUUUUGUAUGAAUUUUCUUUUGUGUCAUGACUGGGGGACUUAAAAAAAAAAAAGUUCUUUUAUUUUUCCCUUCAAGCACAUAUCUACCUCACUCUUUUUAAAUAUAUGUAUGCGUAUGGAAAAAACACAAACAAAUACAUCUCACUCUUUCUCAUCAGUUUUUACAGAAACCUCACCUGGAUAAGAACCCACAGGGAUCUAGAUAAACCUCACAAAGCGGACUAGGAUGGGAGAUGGAAUGGACAUGUUGUAGGUUUAGCCCCAAAAAUUUCUGACCCACAAGUUUUACAGAAAAUGACUUCAUACAUCUGAGACUACAAAGGAGCAGACCAUGUGUUGAUGAACAUUAAUAACAGCCUUCAGUGCAGUUUGGUUUCGAUCUCUGGAGAAUCAGCAUUGGGUAUUUAUGUGAGAAAAUAUUCCACAAUUAUAUAAACUAUUAGAAGAUAGUUAACCGUAUUAUAAGGCUUAAAACAGGUGUAGUAGAAUAUCUGAUAAGAAAGGAGGCCUGGACUCAACAUCCGACAUUCCAUCUCCACUGACUCCCAGUAUAAUGUCACAACCUCAAAUCCUCAAAAGAAUAAAAACCUUAAUUUUCUCAUCUAAAAAGCAUUUAUAUAGAAGUCUAAAAAAAAAGAUAAAUGGGAAUUAUUUUAAAAGGGAAAUGUUUUAAUCACCUCCAAGAAAAAAAAAACAUUAUUUACCCGCAGCCUGUAGUGCUGCAAAAAUACAUUGCAACCUUACAUUUCACAACUUAAGAUUAUUCCAAACAAACAGAUGGCAUUUAAUUUUUCAGUGCAUCCAGUUAUGUGUGUGGAUCAGUACUGUGAAUGUAACACAGGCAAUUCUGUACUUUCUACACACAACCGUCAUGGAGAAUGCAGCAACUUCACUUCCUACAUGUUUCUAAAUUCAGUAGAAACUCGUAUACGGAGCAUUUCAAUGCUGGAAGCAACCCAGCAGAAGUCACUAUAAUUAUUUGAUUUGAUCAUUUUUACCCCAUAAACUCGUUGUGGUUGUGUGAAUGUCAUCAUUUCCCCUGUCCGAGUCUACCUGCUGAAUGCCAUGAUGUUCUGGCUCGAGUGUUUAUUUCCACUUUUGACGGUGUGAAUCUCUUAAAGACCAUUUUCAGGCGUUUUGAUCUUUCACAAGUAAAUAUCGACGCGCCUUUUUUUGGCCUGUUGUACUGCUACUUAUAAUAAUGCUGCUGGUUCAGUCACCUCAGUGGAUCUUAUGUAUUGUCACCAAAAAUUGUUGAGCGUACAAGGUGACAAAGUAGCUUUUACAUCUCAAAGCUUCUCAUAAAACCUCAGUUCUACUCUUUAAUCGAAGUGGCUGCAUGGAGAGUGCAAGAGCCGGUGGGCUUGGAGCAUAAAAUCAUCCGAAACUUUGUGGUGAAAUGAAUAUCCAAAAGCAAUAAAAAAAAAAAUGGAAUUCUGAACAGGCCACCGGGCAACUUUGAAUGUGAAAUUCAGGUGCUCAAUCUAAAUCAUUGUAUCUGUGCGUAAUUUAAAGUAGAAAAGAGUGAAAUCUUUCGGUUACAAAGUAGUCCGAUUGCUGCUGAAUAUAACAUUGGUACACAAAUCACCACUGACAAACAAGCAAACAGCUUGAGUAGUUACAUAACAUAUCUGUGCAUUUAUGUUGUUUUUUUUUUUCCAGUUUGGAUGUAUCAUGAUAUAUUUCAGCUUUUCACUUCUGAGAGUAGAUAUUGACCUUUUGUGAGGUGAACUACUAGUUACCAUUAGAUCACAAACCUGUCAAAACUACAGCAUUUACGACAAACACAUGGACAUACAGUGUAUAGGACAGGGAUGUUGCGUAGAUUACGGGUAGUCAUGAUAAAGAGUAAACAACAUGAUUAGAUAAAAAGACGAUAGUUUACAGCUUCACACUAGUUGCUUUUCUACAUUACCUUAGACUUCCAGCAUAAAUAUAUACAGUAACUUACUUUUUGAAAAAACAGUCGGUUUAGUCAUCUUCAGCAUUUUAAUUCUUCAGAAUGUUCUUCAUGCAAAUGUCAGGUUUAUGGAGGAUGCGUCAAUGCAUUCAAACUGCAAUAAUAGUUUGAGGUUUAUCAUUAUCAUGCCUCUGUUUUUGUGAUUUGCAUUCCUAUACCUUCUGAGGGGGCCUUGGUCUACUGCUAUUAUUUUAUUAUAAUGCUUUCACAAAUCUGUGUGUUCAUUACUUGAUUGGGGAAACAAAUAAUCAAAAAAUAAUAAUAAUUUCACUAGACUGUCUUCUUUCAAGCUCUGUAUCUGAGGCCUCAAAGUUUUUUCACACCUAUAGCUGAGAUGGUGUAUUUUUUUUGACAUGCCGUCUCCAAAUGUGUAUCUGAGAAUUUCUUGUAAUUUCUUUUUUUCUGAAAUUUUGAAUAAAUAAAUGAGAACUAUAA